AUGGCUCAGUGUUCCGCGAAAUCAUCUUUUAUUUUGUGUUUUUGCUUAUUCUGGAGUUCGGGGGCUUCGGAGACGCAUGUGCCACUGUUGGUCUGGUCUUCACACAGUUUGCCACCUGUGUCUCCUCCUGCUGAAGGACACAUCACUUCUCAUGGUGAACUUGGCUUGUUCCUCAGUGCUGCUCUGAGCUCUGGCUCUCACACAGUCCUGUUGUUUCUACAGGAAAGGUUGAGCCAAGAUGACUUCACACUUUAUGGCGGUGUCUACGGAAACAAAGAAGACAGUGCUUUUAAAAACUUGGAGGCUGCCCUUCAGUCUCACUCCACAGUGUUCCCAGCUGUAGAGUGCUCGCGCUCCUCCUCUGUGCCUGUGAUUCUGGAGCAGGAGCUUGGGGUGGAGCCGCUGCUCCUUACUCCAGACGCUUUGGAGAAUCUCAAACUUGAUGCGACUGUGAGCAACCUACUGCUCAUCAGUUUACCAUACUGCCAUCAGAACCAACUCUGCAGAGAAGAGCUGAGGAGAAACGAUGAAGUUAUCGGACGUGUGUUGAAAACCCUGGAGGCCAAAAAUGUUCCUUAUACAGCUAUAUUUACCGGACUACAGCCAUCACGUAUGAUCUCAGAGUCCUCUUUCUCUGCUCCUGUGGGUCGCUCUCUGCUGCAGUCUCCGGCCCCGCCCCCUUCGGUUCGUGCUCCCAUCAUGUUUAGCUCAUCUGUGAACCCCUGCAUCAUGAUGUGGGCUCAGAACAUCAACGUCAGCUUCACUGAGACUGGGGAGGACUGGACUGACCUCUCCACCCAAACCCCUAAUGUGACCGGAUCUCUCUGCAACGGCUCCAACUCGAUACUCGUCCUGAACUAUAAUGCAGGCAUCACUCUGAGCUUCUUCAUGAGCCAGCGCUUCUUCCCGGUCUCGGCUCGGCGGUGGUUCAAUCUGGACUCGGUGCAGCUGCGCCAGAAUGCAGUGAGCGCGUCCUUCUCCAGCCGCAGUAUUUACGCUCCGGCCGAGUACUCGUAUCACUGUCAGAUGGUGAAUAGUUUCAGAGAUGCGCUGCUCAUCAACGAAAACACCAACGCCAGCUGGAGGCUCAACUUCAUAGACUUCCAGAUCCAGGGCUUUGGUCUAGCCAACACCACAGACUUCUCCUAUGCGAGUGACUGUGCUGGCUUCUUCACUGCAGGAAUCUGGAUGGGUUUGAUCACAUCUCUGCUGAUGCUGUUGAUCUUUGUGUACGGUCUGCAAAUGAUCCUUCAGCUCAACACCAUGGACCGCUUCGACGACCCCAAAGGACCCUGCAUCUCUGUGCCCCAGACUGAUUGA